UAUCAAUACACAAAUAGUUUAUUUGAGAGCUUGAGAAUUAAAAAUGGCGUACAAUUUUCCUGGGAUACCAUCAGCAGGAAUUCCUCCAAUCGGAAUGGGGCCAAUGGGUCUGGGAUUAGCAGCAGGACAUCAAGGAUUUAUGGAACUUGGUCAGGGUUUUCCAGCUCUGCCACCACCGUUACCACCUCUGCCAGGUAUGAAUGAUUCUCCACUUGAGUUUAGCACCAAAAAGAACCAGCCGCCUCCGAUCCGCGAAAGUACUGAGGAGUCGACGGAGCGGAGAACUGAUACCAGUAAAAAUGAACCCAGGCGUGGAAUAAACGGCAGUGAGAAUAGAGAUGCGAGGGACAGUCGUGACAAUGGCAGAAGGUCGAGGAAUGAUAGAGUUGAUCGUCGUGAUCGUGACAGAGACCGGGACAGAAGGGACGAGAGGAGUGACAGAGACAGGAGAGACGAAAGAAGACUCGAGGAAAGAUCUAGUUCGGGAAAUAAUCAAGUGCAAUCAACGAACACACCAGUGACAACGAGUUCGAGUAUUCAGACCCAGAUUGAAACGGUUGCUACUAGUCCAAGUGUUUGGAGUAUGGGCGUGGGCUACCAGAUGAUGGGAAUGGCUCCCAUAGGUCCUCCAAUGAGCGCGAUGCUCGGUGAAAUGACUCUGGGGCCUCAUAUGAGCCACACGCAUCAUCACCAUGGCUACGGACCUAUGGGUCUAGGGUUGAUGCCUCAUCCUCACGAGGGUGCUAUGCUGAGUGCUCAGAUGCUGGGAACUGAGCAGAUUAUGAACGAUACUGCGCAGCAGAUGAUGAAUGCCGCUGCUGCAGCAGCUGCUGCUAGUCUUCAAGCUCCUACUCCAGCUCCUAGUCAUCAGAAUACAAAUAACAAUUCCGGCAGCACCACCAGCAAUCCAGUUACCAAAGAAAUAAUUCACUGCAAGAGCUGUACGCUCUUUCCACCGAACCCCAACACUCCGGAACGAACUACUCGUGAAAAACCUCCAGGAUGUCGGACAGUUUUCGUUGGUGGUCUGCCUGAAAAUAUAACCGAUGGUAUUAUUCAAGAAAUAUUUGAACGGUGUGGAGAAAUAACGACUCUCAGGUUGUCCAAGAAAAAUUUUUGCCACAUUAGAUUCGCCAGUGAGACUAGUGUAGAUGCAGCCAUUUACUUGUCGGGUUACCGCAUCAGAAUUGGAUCCAAUGUUGAUUCGGCGAAUACCGGAAGGCUGUAUGUGGACUUUGCUCAUAUUUAUGCGAGGGAUGAUCAGUAUGAGUGGGAGUGCAAGCAAAGACAGUUGCAAAGGGAGCAGAGACAUCGGGAGAGGGUCGAAAAGGAACGACAAAGACAACCUUCUAGUCCACCACCAGUUGUUCAUUAUACUGAUUAUGAAGCUUCGAAUAUUUGCGAAAAAAUAAAACAAGACGACACUUUUAUGAAAGCUGUACAGAUCGUCGUAACAUGGCUCGAACGCGGAGACUGCACAAAAAGAAAUUCAAAUACAUUUUACUCAAUGAUCCAGUCAACGAAUUCCCACGUGAGAAGACUGCUGAGUGAAAAGUCAUCAUACGAAGAAGAGUUACAGCGAGCAAAAGAGCUGAUGAAAGGCAGAAUGCAAGGAUUACUUAUACAAUUCAGUCAAAUAGAACGUGUGUUCACCGCCGCAAGCCAUAAGAAAGUAUGGGAUCACUUCACCAAGGCCCAGCGCAAGAACAUCGAGAUGUGGAAGAAACAGUCAUCGUUUUUGUAUUUAAAUGAACAGGAGAUCAAAGCUGUCCAGUUGGAAGAAGCCGUCGUCACGGGAGUCGGCGAGGGAGAGAUGGAAGUGUCAGAUUCGGAGGAAGAGCCGCAGAGAAAAAAAGUCAGGGCCCAGGUGGGAAGUGAGACUGAGGGAGAUGAAAGAGUUCACGCGUUCAAAGAAGAGUCUGAGAGUCUCAGGUGCCAGCUUGAGGCUUACAAAAAUGAGGUUGAUUUAUUGAAGUCAGAGAAUAAAAUCGAAAUUGACGCCAAAGACAAGCAAAUAAAAAUGUUGCAACAAACAUUGAAAGGUAUGCAGGAGCAGUUACUGCAGUCGCAGAAGCAGCAGAUACAAGAUGACCAAAAAAUAAAAGAUUUGACAGUUAAAUUAAACGCUUCUGGGGGAGAUAGCAAUUCGCCGACUGAAAAUGAAGUAAUAACUCUGGAUAAAGAUGACGAUUCAGUAGUAGUGAGUGAGGAACCGCGGACUCCUAGACCACUUGUCGCAGCUAUACCUGGUUGUGUUCAAAUUACUCAAAAAGACGCUAAAUUAAUUGGAUUGAUGGCAACAUUUCUUCAUAUUCAUCCAUUUGGAGCUAGUGUUGAUUACGUCUGGUCGUAUUUACAAAAAAUGGAGCCAGGUAUCAGGCCGAGCGAGGUCGAGGCUCUGAUGCAACGUUUUCCUCAGGUGUUUAAACAAGAGCUACUGGGAAUUGGAGCCAACAUGGAGCGUCGUUGGCAGUUCUCUGGAUUUAAUCUGCAGCCAUCGAGAUCUGCGAUCCAUUGACGACAACGACAACAUGUAGAAAUAUUUAUUGAUACCAGUGAUAAUUCGAUGGAUUCGAAUGAAAUCUAAUUGAGUAAAAAGUCAUAAAAUAAGUUUAAGAAAAAACUUAUAAGUAAAAUUGUGAUGUAGUAAAAUUUUUUAAUGCUAAAUAAUGCUGAUUAGACGAAUUGCCAUUUGCCAUAAUAGAUUUUUAAGUAAAAGUUUAAUAAUUAAAUUUUGAUGCGCAAUUUUUUGGCUUUUAUAAAUUGUUCAUACUAUUGUAUCGAUUUAUUAUUGUAUAUUAAUUAUUUAUUGUUUAUUUUACUUUCAACAUAUCAAU